GGAGUUGUUAGCGAAGAUGGCGGUGGCGGCUGCUGCGGCGAAGCUCCGGGGCUCAGGUCGAGGCUUGGGCCAGGCUGGCGUCCUGCUCCUGCGGCGGCUUGGUGCUCGGGGGCUGGCUAGAUAUCACCCCCAGAGGCAGGAGCAGCAGCACUUUCCAUCCCUGGAUGACAAGCCCCAGUUCCCCGGGGCCUCGGCGGAGUUUGUAGACAAGCUAGAAUUCAUCCAGCCCAAUGUCAUCUCUGGGAUCCCCGUCUAUCGUGUCAUGGACCGGCAGGGCCAGAUCAUCAACCCCAGCGAGGAUCCCCACCUGCCCCAGGAGACGGUGCUCAAGUUCUACAAGAGCAUGACUCUGCUCAACACCAUGGACCGCAUCCUCUACGAGUCCCAGCGGCAGGGCCGGAUCUCCUUCUACAUGACCAACUAUGGCGAGGAGGGGACACAUGUGGGGAGUGCGGCAGCGCUGGACAGCACGGACCUGGUGUUUGGCCAGUACCGAGAGGCAGGUGUGCUAAUGUACCGGGACUACCCCCUGGAGCUGUUCAUGGCCCAGUGCUAUGGCAACGCGAGCGACCUGGGCAAGGGGCGCCAGAUGCCCGUGCACUAUGGCUGCAAGGAGCGCCACUUCGUCACCAUCUCCUCUCCGCUGGCCACGCAGAUCCCGCAGGCGGUGGGGGCGGCCUAUGCGGCCAAGCGUGCCAACGCCAACAGAGUGGUCAUCUGUUACUUCGGGGAGGGGGCGGCCAGCGAGGGGGAUGCCCACGCCGGCUUCAACUUCGCCGCCACCCUCGAGUGCCCGGUCAUCUUCUUCUGCCGGAACAACGGCUAUGCCAUCUCCACACCCACCUCUGAGCAGUACCGCGGGGACGGCAUCGCUGCUCGAGGCCCGGGCUACGGCAUCAUGUCCAUCCGCGUGGACGGCAACGAUGUGUUUGCCGUGUACAACGCCACCAAGGAGGCCCGGCGGCGGGCGGUGGCUGAGAACCAGCCCUUCCUCAUUGAGGCCAUGACCUACAGGAUCGGGCACCACAGCACCAGUGACGACAGCUCGGCCUACCGCUCGGUGGACGAGGUCAAUUACUGGGACAAGCAGGACCACCCCAUCUCCCGGCUGCGGCACUACCUGCAGGGCCGAGGCUGGUGGGACGACGAGCAGGAGAAGGCCUGGAGAAAGCAGUCCCGCAAGAAGGUGAUGGAGGCCUUUGAGCAGGCGGAGCGGAAGCCGAAGCCCAACCCCAACCUGCUCUUCUCUGACGUGUACCAGGAGAUGCCGGCCCAGCUUCGCAAGCAGCAGGAGUCCCUGGCCCGGCACCUCCAGGCCUACGGCGAGCACUACCCCCUGGACCACUUCGAGAAGUGAGGCCCGCUUGCCCCAGCCCACCCCCACCCACCUCAACUCCCCCGAGGGGCAGCCCCAUUCUGGGGGGUGCCCAGGGAGCUGCAGGAUGCCACCCUGCUUCCCCAGCCAGCCCCCUCUGAAAUACUGGGGCCAGGACUCCAGCCAACCAUCUCCACUCCUCCAGGCUGUUACCCUGGGUGGGGGGGGGGGGCUCCGUCAGCCCCCUCCUCGCCUGUUACAGUGCCUUCUCCCAGGGGCUGGGCCAGGACGCCUCCAGGACUAGAAGCCCCUCUGGGGUGGGCGUGGCGGGUCAGCCUGUGGAAGUCACUCCCUCAAAGUGAGAGGUGGUCAGCAGGUGGCCAAUAAACUCUCUGUGUUUGGCUCUGUGCCA